AUGUCUUUAAUAGCUGGAGUAGGAGAUGAAGUUAUACAGUUUAUGAUAACUGUAAUGGUGAUUGUUAUUGCAUCAUUGGCAUGGUGGUCUACAAACUCUCGACCUGAUAGGUACAGGACAGUAUUCUUAAUGAGAUCUCGCGGCAAUCAUCCUGUAACUGUGAGCAUAAGAACUAGACCUCCUUUACCUGUCCGACCAAGACUACGCACUCAAAUUACACCUAUAGAACCAGAAUCAAUAUCAACCACAUCAACAUCCAUCACUAGCAAUGGAAAUCAUACGAUUCCCAUACAAGAAAUGGAUAGUAUUGUGGAUGCAGACAUGGCUAUGUUAGACAAUAAUCGGUUACAUUUUUAUAGAGUUGUUGAUGCAACACCGAGUACAUCACAGAUAACAAUUCAGACCAAUGUCACAGAGACUGAAACACAUGUGGAUGUGGAGCCAGCCAGUGAGGCCCAAAUAAGGGAAAUGGAUAGUAUAGUCAGUGCUAUGGAAGCAGAUGUACCCUUGCAACAUGAAAGGAACACCACAGAAGCUCCCGCAACGAGUACAAGUAAAGAGCCAAUUCCAAAUACAAGUAGUCCUGUGGAGGAGUCUGAGGGCACUUCCUCUGAAAGUGUGGAGGUUGACCAGUCUAACAAGAUCUUGAUAAAGUUAAAAUAUCUCAAUGAAACACUUAAAGAAGUUGAGGGUAGUCUGGAUGAGCUACUUAAAGAUUUUAAAGGACGUCACUUCGCCGCGGAGCUAUCGUCCGAGAGUCGUGUGCGUCUAAUAUUCAACGGGCGCGUGUUAGUGGACGAAGCGGCAACCUUACGCGCGUGUGGGUUGCACCAUCAAGCUGUCGUUCAUGCUUUGAUACAUCCCAAACGGAAUGCACCUCCACAGCAGAACCCAACUGAGCCAGCAACGACAGGCGAAACUGUCAUGACGGAGCCUCCGGCUGCUGAACGAAGCUGGGACCUCGAGAAUAUCCUGAUGACAUUAGUCAGCGUAGCGGUUACGGUCGUGUGGUUCUUCAGGUGCGAAUACUCGAACAUGUUCACGGUGAGUGCCAGUGUUGCAUUAUUCGGGCUGACGGUGUUCUACAGUAUUGCCAUAUUCGGCCUUUAUCUUUCCGACACAUUCCACUUCGAGCGACGCCCACAUCAGCUGCCUAACAAUUGA